CUUCCCUUACAGUGACAUGUCGAUUAUUGUGACCCCUUUUUAAUAAAUUAUGUCCGGUUAUAAUGACCGACAUGAUUCUUUACGCCUUCGGUAAUGUUCGAUGAUUCCCGACGACGUUUGUCACGUGGCUCGUUUUUAUUUUGAAUCUCAUUGACGCUUGAAGGUCACGCAUUGUUUUUCGUUUGUCGUUUGUGUUUUUACAAGCUUUUAUUCUUUGUAUCUACAUACAUAUGUAUGUAUUGUGAAAGAAAUGUCAUCUCAACGCCGUAAAGCAUUUACGAUUGAGGAGAAAGGUGCAAUAAUAUGCAGAUUAGAAAAUGGAGAAUCAAACUCAUCUCUCGCAAAGGAAUUUGGCAUGGGUCAUUCGACAAUCUCAAUGAUUUUUAAAAACAAGAACCGCAUUAAGCAAUCUUUCAAUUCAAAUGUUUUGAAACCGAAGAGGCUUCGAAAAUCGCGACGAGAAAAUGUUGAAGCAUUAAUUCAGUGGUUUAAAAUCAUGAGAAACAAAAGAAUUCCUAUCAGCGACCCUAUGCUACAGGAGAAGGCAAAUGUUUUUACCGCGCGUUUUGGUAUUCUUGACUUCAAUUGUUCAGCAAGCUGGAUCAGUCGUUUUAAAGUUCGACAUAACAUUGUGGCGGGAAAAAUUAUUGGUGAAUCUUCGUCUGUUGAUCAAAAUUCAACAACAAACUGGUUGACAUCUGUGUGGCCGAAUCUACGAAGACAAUUUUCUGAUGAUGAGAUAUUUAAUGCUGAUGAAACAGGACUGUUUUACAAAUUAAUGCCAGACAAAACUUUAAAAUUUAAAGGUGAGAAUUGUAGUGGAGGCAAAUUGUCGAAAUAUAGAAUAACUGUCAUGGUAGCAGUUAAUAUGAGUGGCACAGAGAAAAAGAAAUUGCUCAUUAUUGGAAAGUCACAAAAACCAAGAUGUUUUAGCAGUGUCAAAUCAUUACCUGUCGAUUAUGCUAACAAUCGUAGAGCUUGGAUGACGUAAGAACUUUUUGA